AUACUUGGAUCCGCCAUCAUUCCGUGGCAGAGACCGGAGCGCUGCGGGGAGCCUAUGCUCAUGCAGUUUGCCGCGAACCAUCCGCUGGAUGACCCAGUCUACGACGCUGCCAUCCAUACUUGCACCAGGAACCGAGACGGCGGAGUGGCCCCGUCGACUCCCAAGCCCGCAUCACAGGACCGCAAGAGAAGCCCGCAGCUGCACACAAGCCCGCUUGACAUGAUGGCUCACGCGUGCAAGAGCGCUGGUAGCCCCACCGACCCCAGCGUCCAAGUCUUCACCAAAGGCAGCAGCACUGGAGGCGGUGACGGCCAGGUUCCGGACCAGGAAGCCAGCGUUCUCCUCCAGGGUAUCACGGCCUUCUUCGGCGUACCGGAAAACUGCAUCGAGAACUGUAUGUUCGCCCGGCUGAACCUCGCUCUGGCUGGCGUGUUCGUCGGGAAGAAAUUGGGGAAGCAUACGGUCGAGUCAGUGCUGCAGCCGCUGGCCGAGCAUCUGCGCAGCGGCGGC